UUAAUGUCAACAGCAUGCGAGUUGUUAAGUUUGACAGCACGAAUUGUGACAUUUACCAACACUGUUUAUCGAAAAGUGCCAUCACCAUGAAAUGGAAAUGCUUCUCUCUGCUGCUGUUCCUUUCGCUCUGCCGCGCGGACGACGACUUCGACCCGGAUCAGCUGCAGGCCGAGCACGUGAUGGCGGGCCUGUCGCGCGACGAGGAUGCCGACGGCACGACAACAACAACAACAACAGAAACAGCAACAGCAACAGCAUGCGGUUCAAUGUCGCAGCAAAUGUCGGGCAAGAACCGGCCCCAAAUGGCGGCAAGCAUUGCGGCAAAGGCCGCCCAAGUGGCCACCGCCGCCAAUGAUGCCCAAUCGAAUGCGGCCGAAUGCGCCGCCAAGGAGGUGCGCAUCCAGCUGGCCGAGAAGGCCGUCCAGGCCUCACGUGCCGUUCAAGCGGUGCUCGAGGGCAAACGUGCGCUUCUCGAUAAGAUCCAGCGCGAACUGCGCGCCGCCGAGGAGCUGCUGGCCAAGCUGAGCGCCUCGCUCCAGAACAGCGAGGCGAACACGCAGCGCGCCGAAUGCGCCGCCAAAUCGGCGGAGGCGCAUUUCGCACGUCUAACGGAAAUUGUGCAGCUGAUCGGCGGCAGCGUCGACGACGUGGACGCGCUAAAUGAGCUGGCCCAGAUCGAUUACAAUGAGAAGCGGCAGAUGCUGAUCGCCGCCAAGGAGCGCAGCGAGCGCAUCCAGAAGGAUAUCGCGUGCGCCCGCGACGAGUACGAACAGGUGAAAAUGGCCGCCUAUCAGGCUGCCUGUGCGGCCGUCGAGGCCAAGCAGAAGGCGGCCCACAUCUCCGAGAGCGGCAGGCAUCGCAACAGCCUGCGCCUGCGUCGGCGUCGGCGUCGGCGUCGACAGCGGCAGCAACGUCGGGCGUGAGUGUGAAUGUGCAUCUCCUAUAUAUCAACUAUAUAUAAAUAUCCGAUCGAUCGAUCGAUCGGGCGACAUCCGUUGGCUCCCAUUGCGUUCCUAUCUGAGGCGUGUCUCUUGUUGCAGCAUUUGCCUCCAAUUACUUUUAUUUCUUUUUUUUUUGUAUAUUUUCUUUAAG